AUGGCCCGGCUGGGCGCACUGCUCCGCCUCAGCUUCGCGCUGCUGGUGGGCGCCGUGGCCAGCGACUACUGGUACCUCCUGGAGAUGGCGGACGCCAGCAACCACAGCGGCCACGGGCAGCUCUCCUCCCACUCGGGGCUCUGGCGCGUCUGCUAAGGGCAGAACAGCUGCAUCCCCCUGAUUGACCCCUUUGCCAGCGAGAGCCUGGAUGCCUCCACCUCGGGGCAGCGCCUCAUCUUGCUGCACCGAGCCUUCCUGGUCGUCCUGCCCCUGAGCCUCGUCCUCAUCGUGUGCGGCUGGGUCUGUGGCCUCCUCAGCUCCCUGGCCCAGAGUGUCCCUCUGCUGCUCUUCACCGGCUGCUACUUCUUGUGGGGGGGUGCCCUGACCCUGGCGGGGGUCAGCAUCUACAUCAGCUACUCACACCUGGCCUUCGCUGAGACGGCCCGCCCGUACGGCCCCCGGCACGUGCAGGACAUCCACAUCCGCUUCGGCGGGUCUGUGGCCCUGGCCUGGGGCUCCUGCGCCUCGGAGGCCCUCAGCGGCCUCCUCCUGCUCACAGCAGCCCGAGCCCUCUACCUGCGCCGGCAGCUGGGCGCCUCCCACUCGGUGGUCAUCUGA